AUGAAGAAUUCACCUCAACAUUCUUCAACAGUAAUUGUUGAGCGGGUAAUCAUGUACAACGAUAUUGAUAACAACUUCAAUUACCUUCUCAAAAUGAGUUGCCAGUUAUGGCUAAUAAAUUUAAUUCCUUCUGAAGCAAAUUACUGUCAAGAACAGAAUUUAAUGUUUGUCAUUUUGUCUGUUUUCUCUUCGACAUUGGCUGAUCACUUGAGUGAGGCUUUUUUUUUUGCUAGUGGUUGGUUAGGCGACGCCGAGAUCAAGUAG